GUGAGAGUGUGUGUGUCUGAGAGAGAGGGAGCGAUCGGUCAGCCUUGGUGAGGGAGGAAAACUCCAGAGAUAAUGCAGGGAGUUCCUGCAGGAAGACUCAGGGAGAAGAUCCCAACUUACCCUAAGCCUGUUAAGAGAGUAGGGGGUGGCUUUGCAGGACCUGGUUUGGGGGUCAUCAAGCAUUAACGGUUACUGCAUAGGCGUUGUCACUCAGCCAGAGCCAUUUAACCCUACCUGUGUGGCUGGGGAUCAGGCUUCAGACACCCCAUAACUCUGAAUCUCCGACUGUUUAGGGGGCCUCAGGACUGCAGACAAGGGGAGGAGGGGCACGUGAAGGCUGGGUCCCUACCUCCCCCCAUCCUCCGCUGUCACUCACUACCCCAACAGUCGCCCAGGGGGCGGGCCCCGGAGAGGUGGGGAUGGGGGAGGGUAAUCUUGGCAGGCGCCUGCUGCAUGGCGUAGCCCAUAUCUAGCCAUACUCAUGGACCCCAGUGAUUUCCCCAGUCCAUUUGACACAUUGACCCUGCCAGAGAAGCCCCUGGCUGGAGAUCUACCAGUAGACAUGGAAUUUGGAGAGGAUCUGCUGGAAUCCCAGACUGCCCCAACUCGAGGAUGGGCCCCCCCUGGCCCUUCUCCAUCCUCGGGAGCCCUGGACCUGCUUGAUACCCCUGCUGGCCUGGAAAAAGACCCUGGAGUCCUGGAUGGAGCCACUGAGUUGCUGGGGCUGGGGGGGCUGCUCUAUAAAGCCCCGUCUCCCCCGGAGGUGGACCACGGUCCUGAGGGGACCCUGGCAUGGGAUGCGGGGGAUCAGACCUUAGAGCCUGGACCAGGAGGCCAGACCCCUGAGGUGGUACCAACUGACCCAGGGGCUGGGGCAAAUUCCUCUUCACCCGAGGGGCUGCUAGAGCCUUUGGCUCCAGAUUCUCCAAUAACCCUGCAGUCCCCACAUAUUGAAGAAGAGGAGACCACCUCCAUGGCUACUGUGAGAAGGGGCUCCCCUGGGCAGGAGGAGGAGCUUCCCCAAGGGCAGCCACAGAGCCCAAAUGCCCCCCCUAGCCCUUCAGUGGGAGAGACUCUGGGGGAUGGAAUCAACAGUUCUCAAACCAAACCUGGGGGCUCUAGCCCAGCUGCACAUCCUUCCUUGCCAGGAGAUGGCCUGACUGCGAAGGCGAGUGAGAAGCCGCCUGAACGGGUACAGAAGAGAAGCGAGCGCGUUAGGAGAGCAGAACCUCCAAAACCUGAGGUUGUGGAUUCCACUGAGAGCAUUCCAGUGUCAGAUGAGGAUUCUGAUGCCAUGGUAGAUGACCCCAAUGAUGAGGACUUUGUGCCAUUCCGACCCCGGCGCUCUCCUCGAAUGUCCCUACGUUCAAGUGUGUCACAAAGGGCUGGGCGCUCUGCAGUGGGCACCAAGAUGACUUGUGCACAUUGCCGGACACCACUGCAGAAGGGGCAGACUGCCUAUCAGCGCAAGGGGCUGCCUCAGCUCUUCUGCUCGUCAUCCUGCCUCACUACUUUCUCCAAGAAGCCUUCGGGCAAAAAGACCUGUACCUUCUGCAAGAAGGAGAUCUGGAACACCAAGGACUCGGUUGUGGCGCAGACUGGUUCCGGAGGCUCCUUCCAUGAGUUCUGCACGUCUGUCUGUCUCUCCCUGUAUGAGGCCCAACAACAGCGCCCAAUCCCCCAGUCUGGGGAUCCCGCCGAUGCCACUCGCUGCAGCAUAUGCCAGAAGACUGGGGAGGUCCUGCAUGAGGUCAGCAAUGGCAGCGUGGUACACCGGCUCUGCAGCGAUUCUUGCUUCUCCAAAUUCCGGGCCAACAAGGGACUGAAAACCAACUGUUGUGACCAGUGUGGGGCUUACAUCUACACCAAGACCGGGAGCCCUGGCCCCGAGCUCCUCUUCCAUGAGGGCCAACAAAAGCGGUUCUGCAACACAACCUGCUUGGGGGCGUACAAGAAGAAAAACACACGUGUGUACCCAUGUGUCUGGUGCAAGACCCUGUGUAAGAACUUUGAGAUGCUAUCACAUGUGGAUCGUAAUGGCAAGACCAGCUUGUUCUGUUCCCUGUGCUGUACCACUUCUUACAAAGUGAAGCAGGCAGGGCUCACUGGCCCUCCCCGACCCUGCAGCUUCUGCCGCCGCAGCCUCUCUGACCCCUGUUACUACAACAAGGUGGACCGCACAGUCUACCAGUUCUGCAGCCCCAGCUGCUGGACCAAGUUCCAGCGCACAAGCCCCGAGGGGGGCAUUCACCUGAGCUGUCACUACUGCCACAGCCUCUUCAGUGGCAAGCCUGAGGUCUUGGACUGGCAGGACCAGGUGUUCCAGUUCUGCUGCCGUGAUUGCUGUGAGGACUUCAAGCGGCUUCGGGGUGUGGUGUCCCAGUGUGAGCACUGUCGGCAGGAGAAACUCUUGCAUGAGAAACUCCGAUUCAGCGGAGUGGAGAAAAGCUUCUGCAGCGAAGGCUGUGUGCUGCUGUACAAACAGGACUUCACUAAGAAGCUGGGCUUGUGCUGUAUCACUUGUACUUACUGCUCCCAGACCUGCCAGCGUGGAGUCACUGAGCAACUGGAUGGCAGCACUUGGGACUUCUGCAGUGAAGACUGUAAGAGCAAGUACCUGCUGUGGUACUGCAAGGCUGCCCGGUGCCAUGCCUGUAAGCGCCAGGGGAAGCUGCUGGAGACCAUCCACUGGCGUGGGCAAAUCCGUCAUUUCUGCAACCAGCAGUGUCUGCUGCGCUUCUAUAGCCAGCAGAACCAACCCAACCUGGAUACCCAGAGUGGGCCCGAGAGCCUCCUGAACAGUCAGUCUCCUGAGGCAAAACCCCAGACACCCUCUCAAACCAAAGUGGAGAACAGCAACACAGUGAGGACCCCAGAGGAAAAUGGGAAUUUGGGCAAGAUCCCUGUGAAGACCCGAUCAGCUCCCACUGCUCCCACCCCUCCUCCACCCCCGCCGCCCCCAGCAACACCCCGCAAAAACAAAGCUGCCAUGUGUAAGCCACUGAUGCAGAAUCGGGGCGUCUCCUGCAAGGUGGAGAUGAAGUCCAAAGGGAGUCAGACAGAAGAGUGGAAGCCACAGGUGAUCGUGCUGCCCAUCCCAGUGCCCAUCUUUGUGCCAGUGCCUAUGCAUCUGUACUGCCAGAAAGUCCCGGUGCCUUUCUCGAUGCCUAUCCCGGUGCCUGUGCCCAUGUUCUUGCCCACUACCUUGGAGAGCACAGACAAGAUUGUAGAGACCAUUGAGGAGCUGAAGGUGAAGAUCCCUUCCAACCCCUUGGAGGCUGACAUCCUGGCCAUGGCAGAAAUGAUUGCAGAGGCUGAGGAGUUAGACAAGGCCUCAUCUGACCUUUGUGAUCUUGUGAGCAACCAGAGUGCAGAGGGACUCCUGGAAGACUGUGACCUGUUUGGGCCUGCUCGAGAUGAUGUCCUGGCCAUGGCAGUCAAGAUGGCCAAUGUCUUGGAUGAGCCUGGGCAAGACUUGGAGGCAGACUUUCCUAAGAAUCCUUUGGACAUUAAUCCCAGUGUAGACUUCCUCUUUGAUUGUGGCCUGGUAGGGCCCGAGGACGUGUCUACUGAACAAGACCUUCCCCGAACCAUGAGGAAGGGUCAAAAGCGGCUGGUGCUUUCCGAAAGCUGUUCCCGGGACUCCAUGAGCAGUCAGCCUAGUUGUACUGGACUCAACUAUUCUUAUGGUGUCAAUGCUUGGAAGUGCUGGGUGCAGUCAAAAUAUGCCAAUGGAGAAACCAGCAAGGGUGAUGAGCUGCGCUUUGGCCCCAAACCAAUGCGUAUCAAAGAGGAUAUUCUCGCCUGCUCAGCUGCUGAGCUCAACUACGGUCUGGCCCAGUUUGUGAGAGAAAUCACUCGGCCCAAUGGUGAACGAUAUGAACCUGACAGUAUCUACUAUCUGUGUCUUGGCAUCCAGCAGUACUUGCUGGAAAAUAACCGGAUGGUGAACAUUUUCACGGACCUUUACUACCUGACUUUUGUUCAAGAACUCAACAAGUCUCUGAGUACCUGGCAGCCUACACUCCUCCCCAACAAUACGGUGUUCUCUCGAGUGGAGGAGGAGCACCUCUGGGAGUGUAAGCAACUGGGGGUCUACUCGCCUUUUGUCCUCCUCAACACCCUCAUGUUCUUCAACACUAAGUUUUUUGGGCUGCAGACAGCUGAGGAACACAUGCAGCUCUCCUUCACCAAUGUGGUGCGGCAGUCCCGCAAGUGUACUACCCCUCGAGGCACCACCAAGGUGGUGAGCAUCCGCUACUAUGCCCCAGUCCGCCAGAGGAAAGGGCGAGACACAGGUCCUGGAAAACGGAAGAGAGAAGAUGAAGCCCCUAUCUUAGAGCAGCGUGAGAACCGCAUGAAUCCCCUCCGCUGCCCUGUCAAGUUCUAUGAAUUCUAUCUCUCAAAAUGUCCUGAAAGCCUCCGGACUCGCAAUGAUGUGUUCUAUCUGCAACCGGAACGGUCCUGCAUCGCCGAGUCGCCUCUCUGGUAUUCUGUGAUCCCCAUGGACCGCAGCAUGUUGGAGAGCAUGCUCAAUCGCAUCCUGGCUGUGCGUGAGAUUUAUGAGGAACUGGGUCGUCCUGGGGAGGAAGACCUGGACUGAGCUCCUGUGCCAUCCAUAUCCAUCUUUCACAUCAAUGUCUGCCCUGUGGCCAUGUCCCCUCAGGGUUACAGGCCCAGGAACCAAUGCUACUCAUUCUGAAGGACCUUGACUGCCCCCUUCCGCUCACCCAUUCCCUGCCUUCUCUAGGAACCCCUGGCUUUUACCUUCUUCCAUACCACUUGACAACCACGGGGCCCCGGUCUUCUGUACUCGGGCUGGUCUCCCAGUGAUGGGCAAAAGCCAGCUCACCCGUUUUCUUUAUGCGUCAGAGUAAACCCCUCCUUCCGGGUCCAUACUCUGGGUGGAGUGUUAAUAGCUCUGGUGAUCCUGUUGGCUUUGGGUUUCCUGACCCAUCCCGCAUAGGUAAAGCCUCUUGUUCCUAGGUAUGACCUAGGGAAAAACCCAGCUGCCUUUUCUGCCCUGUGCCCACUCCCUUCUCUUCCCCAGAACCACGCAAAACAGUCUUAUCUGAAAGGUAUGGAAUAAACGAUGAAAGUGAUGAGGGGACCAUUUACCUAAAACACAAAGCUUAGACACUUUUCCCCUUCCAUGAAAUAAUUGGUUGUUGGCACCCUCUCACCACUGCGUACCCACCCCGGCAAGUACCGACCCUUGGUGCUGCCGUUUAAAAAAUUUUCCAAAUGCCUUCUUUUCCUCAGAGGCAGAGAAUGACUAAGUAUGGGGAGCAGACUCCUGUUGUGCAGACUCCUGUCCCCUUGGUUUCUGUGUUUGUCUCUCUGCCAUCUUAGGUUGCCAUGAGCCAUGGUGUCAACAUGCUUAGCCCCUCUGUAACUGCCUCCCUUUAGUUCAAUGGACAGAGCUCCCAAGGCAAAAACUACCUUCUGACUUGGGUUGAGGCUGGGUUCCCCUCUUUUUGUUUCCCCCACCCCCGUCAUAAGAGCCAGGCCAAGCCUGUGGGGGCUUGAGUCGUGCAGGAUGGGAUCUGUGGUCGAAGGACAGGUGAGGAGCUGUGGGCACGGGGCCUGCCCCCACUGCCUACAUCUUUUCUCUUCCCCAUCUUGCCUUUGAGGUCCCAGAAAAUGAUUAGCUUCUGGCAAAGGGGGUACCCAGUUCUUUCCCUGUUGACUUUGCUGUUUCCCAGGCUCCUUUUUGUGUUUUUAUAACUGUCACCAGUUAGCGACUGUUUAAAUUGUAUAUAUUGUUCUGAGGCGCCUGGCCUGUCCCUUCAGUGAGCCAUGCCCACCCUUGUGUUGUAGUGAGAAGCUGUUGUCACGACUAACCUGUCUCUGAAAUUGUUUGUUUCAAAUAAAGAGUUAAAAUUG